AUGGCCUCGAUUUUGGAUCCUAUCAGUAUUUCACCCAAGUUGCAGUCAUUCUUGCACACUACCACGGAAUCACCAAAGAUACAGUCCUGGCACCACGAGGGAUGGAUCAGUACUUCGUCGCUCGUCGUUGCUCUGACACUGUGGGCGACGUACUGCGUCUGUGGCAUCGUGUAUCGAUUAUACUUUGACCCACUCGCCGGCGUCCCGGGCCCAAAGCUAGCAGCCAUGACAACAUGGUACGAAGCUUACUAUGACCUUUGGUUGGGAGGACAAUACGUGUGGAAAAUAGGCGAGCUGCAUAAAAAGUACGGCCCUGUAAUCAGAAUCAAUCCCCAUGAGAUACACUGUAAUGAUCCAGAGUUCAUUGACGACAUUUACUCGGGCCCAUCGCGCAAAACGGACAAGUAUAGGUUCACGGGCAGAAAGACAUUGACAAAGCAGUCAAUGGUAGCGACAAUAUCGCACGAUAUUCAUCGCAAAAGACGAGGCGCUAUGGCAAAUUUCUUCUCCAAGGCAAGUGUCCGUGGAGUUGAGCCCAUCAUUCAAAACAGUUUGAGCAAAUUGCUGUCGAGAAUGGAAAGGGCUAGUAAAACUGGCGAGAAAAUGCCUAUGAUGUAUGUCUUCAAAGCUGCCACAAGUGAUAUUAUCACAAAAUACGCCUUUGGAAAUUCUACCAACUUCAUGGAUCUCGACAAUUACAAUAUGCCUUUCUUUCAGGCUAUAGAAGUUACUUUUCUGCUGAGUCCGGCUUUGAUGCACUUUCCGUGGCUGGGUCCAUUGAUGGAGGCUCUGCCCCAGUCUAUGACCAAGGUGUUGAUGCCUGGGUUGGCCGAUAUGUACAAGAUGCGAGAAGGAUGGAUGGCACAAAUUGACCAGAUCAAGAAUUCAAAGGACAAGGAUGCCGGCAAGGAUACCAUCUUCGAUGGGGUGCUGAAAAGUAAACUUCCAGAAGAGGAGAAAGCUACGGCGAGACUAGGGCAUGAGGCACAGCUCACUGUAUUAGCUGGCCAAGACACUACCGCAACCACUCUAUCAUCCGCAGUUUACGAGCUUCUUGCCAAUCCUGACAAGCUCAAGAAAUUGAAAGAGGAGCUAGCUGCUACAUUUCCGGAUUCAGAAUCACCCAUAACGUUCAGCCAGGUCGAGCACCUGCCAUACCUAGGAGCUGUUAUUCAGGAAUGUCUUCGUUGUCACCCGGGGGUGAUUACACGCAUGGCAAGAGUUUCUCCUGAAGUACCAGUUACUUAUGAUAGGGGAGGCAAGCAUUACACGUUCCCAGCUGGCACGCCCAUGUCCAUGACCUCGACUCACAUCCACUUUCACCCGGAUUUCUUCCCGGCGCCAAGAGAGUUUCGACCUGAGAGGUGGAUCGAGAACCCCCGGCUAGAUAAAUACCUGAUCGCAUUUUCCCGAGGAACGCGAAACUGUCUCGGGAUCAAUCUCGCCUACCAGGAGCUUUAUACUUUGCUAGCAGGCGUCUUUCGAAAGUAUGACGCCUAUGAUGGCACGGGCAAGCAACAGGGGCCCACACUAGAACUACAUAACACGUUAAGAGAAAGGGAUGUCGACAUGAAUGCUGACUUUAUUGUUCCUUUUCCUGCCAAAGGAAGCAAGAGCGUACAAGUCACGGUCAGACACUAA